AUGCCCGUGGAUGAAAAAUCGCGGUGGAAGACACUUGUAGAAAAAUUGGCAGGAGCAAUAGCGCAAGCAAAAAGGGUUGAUGAAUUAAAUCGGACAAUUAAAGAUGAGACGAGAAAAAGACUGGAGAAAAUAGAAGUUAAGGCGGCGCUAGCGGAGGUUAAUGAAGUCAGGGAUCCAUACCAAAACUAUGACCAAUAUUACUAUGAGGAGCAAUUCCAGGAGUCUAACGGAUGUAAUGAGAACGGGGAUGAUGAAAAGAUGGACCCAAAUGUUGACCCAUACUAUGCCAAUGACCAAUAUUAUGAUGAUGAAGGCCAAUGGUUUCCAAAUGAAAGCAAUGAGAACUGGGGAGAGGAAGGUUAUCAGGAUCAAGGAUAUCAGAACUGGCCCACUGACGGAACAGAUUUUGAGGAAUAUUAA